GUGGAGGUAUGUGCUGACAGUUUGUGAGCGCCCAAGCGAAUGCAGCUGUGCGAAUGUCUUAUUGGUAUUGAUUCGCAUCUGUUUAUACUUUAAACCAUGUCUACAAUUGAAUUUAAGUCAUGUAGUUAUCCUGAACUCAUUCAAUUGACUUUAUGAAUUUACAACUGAUUUUGUGAAUUUACAAUUACAUAGUGAUAGUAUUAAAAAAGAUUGUUAUCCAAAUAUAGCUCUGAAUAUUUUUUUUCUUAUUUUGAUUCUGAUAUUUAGUCACAUUAGAAACAUUGUUCUUGUUUUAUAUUUGUCAACAAUGAGUUAUAAUCGUAAAGUCUCAUAUUUUUAUAAUCCCAAUGUUGGAAAUUUUCAUUAUGGACCAGGACAUCCAAUGAAACCACAUCGACUUUCAGUAAUUCAUAGUCUCGUUCUCAAUUAUGGACUUCAUAAAAAAAUGCAAAUUUAUCGUCCGUAUCGCGCAAGUACACACGAUAUGUGUCGUUUCCAUUCUGAUGAAUAUGUUGACUUUCUACAACGAGUAACACCCCAGAAUUUACAAAACUAUACUAAAUACUUAAGUCAUUUUAAUGUUGGUGAUGAUUGUCCAGUUUUUGAAGGCCUUUUUGACUUUUGUUCAAUGUAUACCGGAGCUUCGCUGGAAGGAGCUACAAAACUCAACAAUAACUGUUGUGAUAUUGCUAUCAAUUGGAGUGGUGGUCUCCAUCAUGCUAAAAAGUUUGAAGCUUCUGGGUUUUGCUACAUUAAUGAUAUUGUUAUAGCUAUAUUAGAAUUACUUAAGUACCAUGCAAGGGUUCUUUACAUAGACAUUGAUGUUCAUCAUGGAGACGGAGUCCAAGAAGCAUUUUACUUGACUGAUAGAGUAAUGACUGUUUCUUUUCAUAAGUAUGGUAAUUAUUUUUUUCCCGGUACUGGAGACAUGUACGAAAUUGGAGCAGAAAGUGGAAGAUAUUAUUCUGUGAACGUACCCUUGAAAGAAGGAAUUGAUGAUUUAUCUUAUGUUCAAGUUUUUAAACCUGUAAUUUCCCAUGUCAUGGAAUUUUUCAGACCUACUGCUAUUGUACUUCAAUGUGGAGCAGAUUCAUUAGCAAAUGAUAGGUUAGGGUGUUUCAGUCUCAGCACAAAAGGACACGGGGAGUGUGUCAAAUUCGUUAAAGAUUUGAAUAUUCCAUUACUUACAGUUGGAGGAGGAGGUUAUACUUUACGGAAUGUUGCUAGAUGUUGGACUUAUGAAACAUCUUUGUUAUUGGAUGAACAAAUUAGCAAUGAACUUCCUUAUACCGAAUAUUUAGAAUAUUUUGCACCUGAUUUCACUUUACAUCCUGAUGUUGUAAAUAGGCAAGAUAAUGCCAACAGCAAAUUAUAUUUAGAAGCAAUUACACGUCAUGUAUAUGAAAACUUAAAAAUGGUUCAACAUUCACCAAGUGUUCAAAUGCAAGAUGUACCAUACGAUGUUUUACCUCCUGAGGAAGAUCGACAACUGGAGUCUGAUCCUGAUUCGCGAGUCAAUGUACAAGAUAUGGACAAAGUUGUAGAACCACCAAGUGAAUAUUAUUCCGGUGAUAAAGAUCAAGAUAAAAUGGAAGUUGCAGAAUCAUAGUCGAGGAAGUUUGUUUUGAUCGUCAAUAAUCAUAAAUCAUUGUACAUUAUAUUAAAUAUUUCAGUAGAUACAUACAAAUCAAAAUAUUCCGUCAAUAUGAAAUUUUAUUAUAACUUUUAUUCUUUUAAAUCACAAAUUUGUUACAUAAUUCUUUUUUGUAAAUUUCUAAAAAGUAAAAAAUAAUUGUAGUAAAAUUAUGCUCAAAUUCUUUUAAUAUACUUUUCUAUGAUUUAAGACUUCGUAAUAAGAUAUUUAAAAAUCACUUUAAUAUUUUUUUUUAUUUUUCCAUAAGAUAAAAAUAUAUGACAGAUUAUCAUGAAAUUUGGUGUUAUUAUGAAAUAAAUUUUUGGCAUUUAAUGAUCAUUUAAAUAUUUAUACAAGAGAAUCUACAUUCGAAGUCAGUUAAAUAGCUGUUCAUUAUAUCCUCCCACUUCCCCUCAAACUUUGCCCUUAUCAUUGAUACGUCAAAAUGAGGGCCAGAGAUAUUAUCCAAUAGAAAUUUCUUUUGAAAUGAGAUAUUCAUGAAAGAACAAUUAAUUGAAAAUACAAAACCCGAAAUUCAAUCCAGUACAAAUUUAAAAAAAAUGCCGCUCGACUAUAUCCAAAAUGGAAAGUUUCAUGAAGUGAUCACGUCAACUGAAAAAAUUUUUCGUGGAAAAUUACAUGUUUAUCUUUCAAGAUUUCUACAAAGAACCAUUUAGACUUGAUUAUGAUCUUACGAAAUCGAUUAUUCCACUUUUUGAAGCGCCGUAAAAAAUGAACUAAUCAAUUGAAAAUAAAGCUUAUAAGAGUGUUAAGUCAUACUUAUUUCAUAAGCUACUAUAGGAAUUUUACAAAAUUGAGUUAUAUCUAAUUAGUUUUAAUAGCAAUUAGAGGAUAUACAACUGUGAAAGCUAAUUUUUUCGAUUUGUUUUUAAAUUUUCAAGACUAUAAAAUUGGUUAAAACAAAAAGCUAUAUAAGAGAAAUCAGAGUAAAUCGCACGAAGUCUAAGUUGCAUUUUACUUAAUUAAGUUUUAAAAUUCGGUUUAAAAGUUAUUCAAUGAUGAAGCGAUAAAAGGUCAUUUUUAUAAAUAAAUAAAAAAUUUCAAACACCCACGACUUCCAAAAUAAUUGACCGAUUUUGCUCAGCAUCGAACUCGAUCGAGUUAAUAGCUCAAUGAAAAAGUGUACCAAAUUUUAUAAUCAUGCGGUAAGAAUAGUAGUCAUCAUCAAUCAGGCAUGACGCGUUGAUGAAUUCAAAGUUCCCAACGUUGGAUGCCAAUGAAUUUUCAAAUUCCCUGAAAUCAGAAAAAAAGAUUCCUGACAAUAAAAUAAGGUGCCGGAUGUUGUAAAAAUUAAAAAAAAACUCCCUCUGGAUACCGGAGGCCAAUUCCCACCCGCACAAAUCAAGAUUUCAAAUUUAAAAAUUCGAAAAAAAUACUCGUACACUUUUGUUCAGUGCAAAAAAGUUAUGGACGGUCUAUUACACUCAUAUUGACUAAAAAAAAAUCCCUCUGUUACCGUCCGUGCUCUGGAACACAGUCAAUCUACCCACGGAUGUUACUGGUGACAUUUAAAAAAUUUCAACAGUAACUUGUGUGGGUGGAUUGACUGGGUUCCAGAGCGUUAAGGAUGACGGAAAUUUUUUCCUGAGUUAAUAUAAGUGUAAUAGUUCCUCUAUAAUUUUUUGGUGUUGAACAAAAGUGUACGAGUACCUUUUACGGAUUUUUUUAAUGUCACCACUGACAUCCGUGGGUGGAUUGACUGGGUUCCGGAGCACUGAGGGUGACGGGGAUUUUUUGCUGAGUCAAUAUGAGUGUAAUAGACCUUCCAUAAUUUUUUUGCAGUGAACAAAAGUGUACGAGUAUUUUUUUGAAUUUUUAAAUUUGAAACCUUGAUUUGUGCGGGUGGGACUUGGCCUCCGGUAUCCAGAGAGAGUUUUUUUUUAAUUUUUACAACAUCCGGCACCUUAUUUUAUUGUCAGGAAUAUUUUUUUCUGAUUUCAAGGAAUUUGAAAAUUUGUUGGCAUCCAACGUUGGGAAUUUUAGAUUCAUCUCUUAAUUUUAAUUUUACGUACUUUACAUAUGAUUUUGAAGUUUUCCAAUUUUAAAUAUAUAGGAAUGUUAGGAUUUUUUAAAAUUAUCUAUAGCUCAGCCGCAUUAAAUAGUCUUCUUAGUAAUUUUAUUGAGAUUCCAAUCGUUUUUUCUGUAUUGGAUCUGAAAAUAACUUUUUUGAAUAAUAAUUUGAGUUUUUAGUUGAUUUAACUAAAUAACGAAAUUUACAGUAAAAAUGCACAAGACAAUUUUUUCGGAAAUUUGAUUCUCUACAAAAGAGGUCCUUUUAUUUAAGUGGCUCAAGUUCUUUGUUCACGUGAUAUAGGCAUUUUAUUAAUUUUAUAAAUAAAAUAUUUGUCA